AUCAUCACCAUCAUCAUCAUCAUCAAUUACAGAUGAAGAAUUAAUGGGAAAUCCUGGAGAUACAUGUUGUGCAAUACAUUUAGAAAUGUUUGUAAAAAAAUUCCCAACAUCAUUACCAUUUGGUUGGCGUACUAAAGAAUAUAUUCCAACAAUUUUAUUACCAGGUGAAAAUCCUUGUGAUAUUAAACAAGCAAAAUUUGGUAUGGGAAUGAUUUUAGGUUAUAAAUUAUCUCCCUGUACUAACAUUUUGGCAAAGGAUAUAUUCAAAUUUCAAGCUGAUGAUGAUGAUAAUGAUGAUAAUAAUAAUGAAGUUAACGUUAGUGGGGUUAAUGAAAGAAGAGAAGGAAAUACUCUCUCUCCUUCAAGUUCGACUUCAAGUGAUUUACAUAUGAGCGUUGGUCCUAGUAAUGGUGUUGAAUUAAUUUAUUUAAAUGUACCAAGAGAAGUCAUGUUAGAAUUAAUGGAUGCAUUGGAUAUUCUUGCUGGUUCGUUAUCAUUAUUACUUUAUAUCUGAUAUGUAAAU